AUGACACAAGGAAAUGGCACCGAAGUGACCGAAUUCUAUCUGCUGGGAUUUAAUGACCAAGAGAAGUUCCAGUCCAUCCUCUUCUUGGUAUUUCUUGUGAUCUACAUGACAUCCAUAGUGGGUAACUCUGGGAUGAUCCUGCUCAUCCACACAGAUUCCAGGUUGCACACACCCAUGUACUUCUUCUUGCAACACCUGGCCUUUGUUGACAUCUGCUACACAUCUGCUAUCACUCCCAAGAUGCUCCAGAACUUCAUGGCAGAAGACAAAUCCAUAUCAUUUGGAGAAUGUGUUCUGCAAUUUCUGAUCUAUGGGACGUUUGUCGUCAGCGACUGCUACCUCCUGGCUGCUGUGGCAGUGGACCGUUAUGUAGCCAUCUGUAAGCCACUUCGCUAUCCCAUAAUCAUGUCCCGAUCAGUAUGCAUCCAACUAGUCGCUGGUUCAUAUUUCAUAGGUACAUUAAAUGCCUCUGUCCACACAGGCUUUACCUUUUCUCUGUCCUUCUGUAAGUCCAACAUCAUCAAUCACUUUUUCUGUGAUGGUCCCCCAAUUCUUGCCCUCUCAUGUUCAAAUAUUGACAUCAAUGUCAUGUUAAUGUUUAUCUGUGUGGGAUUUAACCUGACAUUCACUGUGUCAGUCGUGAUCUUCUCCUACAUCCGCAUCCUGGCCACCAUCCUAAAGAUGUCUUCUGCUGCAGGGAGGAAGAAAACCUUCUCCACCUGUGCCUCCCACCUCACAGCUGUCACUAUCUUCUACGGGACCCUCUCCUACAUGUAUUUUCAGCCUCCUUCUGAACACUCCCAGGAGGACAUGAAAGUGGCCUCUGUAUUCUAUGGCACUGUCAUUCCCAUGCUGAACCCUCUGAUCUACAGCUUGAGAAACAAGGAGGUCAAAGAAGCUGUGAAAGUGAUAGUAAACAAGGUUCUUUGUAUAGAAUCUAAAUUUUUAAAAUUCAGCACAUCAGAGCACACAGUGGACAUGUGUUAUGACAGUUAA